AUGUUACCUUUGAGGUCGUAUAAUUCUGGUGUUUUAUUAGGUAACUGGUGGGAGGAGAGAAUAUUAGAAAAAGAAGAAAAGUCUGCGCGCUUCAGUAAAAAUGAGGAUAAGGUGUCAUCUACACACUUUCUCAGUUUACUCACAGAAAGUAAUCCUACUAUGAUUCAAUGCUCAGCGAUGCCGUCAGAUGGAUAUUUGCGUUUCGGGUCGAAUGUUCAGAUUUUAAAUCCAGGAUCAUCUCCAUAUUACGUAAAAUGUGGACUUGCGCCCACACGCCCACCUUAUGCUCUUGGACUUUCGAUAGAUAUCUCAUGCAACUUAACUUUGGAACUUUCUAAUUCCGAUGACAAUAUUUUUCAGUCGUUGGGAAGAAACGGUCUACUGAGUGUUACCGCAUCAAAGAAUGUGCAGCCUUCUGCAAAAAAUGUUUUCCGGAUAUUCUGUCUACACGAGAGUCAAUAUGGUCGAGUAAUUCGUUAUGGUGAACCAUUUGUGUUUGGAUUACAGCCGGAUAUCAUCUCAUCAAAAUGUAAUUCUGCACUAAAGAAAAAGUUAAAUACAGAUCAAUGCUUAUAUUUGGCUAGUGACUUACAACACCUAGGUGAUCAAAAUUUACAGCCAGGUGCACAAAAUCUAUACUUCGAAGUUGGGAGACCAUCAUUUCUGUCUCAGUGGCGUUUAGAGUACGAAGAUCCACACUUACGUAAAGAGUUUGAAGGUAGGCCAGUAAAGUCUGACCAAAAUUUAAUCAUCAAACAUGUUCGAAGUAAUAAAGCAUUAGCCUUAGAACCAGGUUUUACAGCUCGAACACUAUUCGGACAAGAAGCCUGCUUAAGCGUACGAACGUACUAUGAUUCCCAUAAACUGGAGCGUGAUGUCAAUGUUUGGAUGUUAGCAACAGCUAAACAACAAGGUUUAUCAUGUAUUUCAGAUGAACAAGCACCACACAAAGUUCUUGAAAACACUUCUUUGGAAAGUGAUUAUGCAGCAGGAUCAAAUCUUAGCGAUGAAAAACAAGUUCAUUUUGAGCAGAAUACCGAUGCAUCUGAUGCUUGAAUAAUAAUAAUAAUAUAAACUUUUAUUAUCUUAUAGGUGUUUAGUUAACUACUUAGAAGUUUAAAAGUAGUUAAACUGUGACAAACGAUUAUUCAUCAAUAUAUGUAGGUGAAAUUUUACAGUAGAAUACCUAUCAACUCAUCAUCCCGUAUUAUCUGAAGUAUAAAAUACAAUUCUAAUUCAUGCACAUCAAAUCAACUGCUUUUGAAAUGUUUACUAAUAAAUAUUUCACAACAAUCAAAAUAGUGUUAUUUAUUCUAAAAAAUUGUUUUUCUUAUUUUGAUGUAGCUGAUAAAUAUCUAUUUGAAAUUACAUAAUAAAUAAUAAAAGAUAAACACUCAUAAUAUUGUUUAGUGCUAAUGCAUCGUCAACAUUGGAAGAAAAAUGCAACCCAAGUUAGCUAUGAGUUCAUAUGCUCACUAGUGGCUAAUUUCGUUUGGAAAUCCUAGUAGUCUUAGUGGAAAAUAGUGACCAGUGGAGUUCAGUUGAAAGAAGUUAAAUCAACUAAUUCACCAGGUACAUGCUAGUGGAUCACAUGAUAAGUGUAAGGAAUUAUAAUACUACCAGGUCUAUCAAACCGAGGUAGGUAUAACUCUGUUCAAAUUUGAGACUUAGUGGCUGAAAGUCGAACAUCUCAAAUUGUAAUUCACCCCUCCACAGAGUUCGACAAUCACAAGUGUUAAGGGUUUGCUAACCGAAAAUGAUAAAAGAUGGUUUCACAUUAUCCCAAACAUAUGAUGUUGUAAAAGCAUAUCAAUGGAUGUUGAUUGAACAAUCGAAAUUUGAGGUAUUUACCAUGAGAGCUGAAGGUGCUGGGUUUAGUCUUAUUUGAACCGGGGAAUAUGCACUUCCAAAGAAUCCC